CAGUUGGGCGCCGUCCCGAAAUGCAUCCGCACUAAAUAGAACGCGAGUACAGCUCGCGCGUGAUAAUACUAAAAAAAAAAAAAAAGAAGAAUAAAUAGUAUCAGUCGCGCGCUAAAAGGAUUAUUAGUGUGUGAGGCAGCGGUGAGGGCGUAUCCAUGGUUACGGUCGGAGAUAAUCACGUGCCAUAGGUGGCGUACUUUUUUUUUUUUUGCAUAUUAUUUAGCCCAGCAGCUAAGUGGAUCUGGACGGAGGCAGGGACAGAGGAUUAGAAUCAGGGAUGCUGUUAACAAACUAAAACCCAGGCGGCUACAGGAUACAUAAAUAAAUAGGUAAAUAAAUAAAGUUAGCUCUUUUUUUCCCCCCACAUAGUGAAUGAAAUGAGUGAAGGAUCCCUACAUAACUGAGUUUUCUUCUGAGGUCUGCUGCUUCCUCGUUGUGAAGAAGAGUCGUCCAGAUCAUGGCAGGGGAGCGGAGUCGUCUCCUGCCCCAUGGAGCGUACAGCGUGCUGGGGGACAGUGCAGACUCCAGGAAGGCGUCCACGUCCGAGGAUGAGGCUUCCAAAUCCAACCCCCGUAAACUCAACACCUUCUUUGGGGUGAUGGUGCCCACCAUCCUGUCCAUGUUCAGCAUUGUCCUCUUCCUGCGCACAGGCUUUGUUGUCGGCCAUGCUGGACUUCUCCAAGGACUGCUCAUGUUGUUUGUAGCGUAUUUCAUCAUCUCCUUGACCAUCCUGUCAAUCUGUGCUAUCUCUACUAACGGGGCAGUGCAGGGGGGCGGAGCUUACUAUAUGAUCAGUCGUUCUCUAGGGCCGGAAUUCGGGGGCAGCAUCGGCCUCAUGUUCUACCUGGCGAAGGUGUGUGCAUGCGGCGUGUACGUGCUCGGGCUGGUGGAGGCCAUACUGAACGUUUUUGGACAGGAUCCAGCGGUUGGGGUGCCAGAUGGAGUGCGUGUCCUGCCUCAGGGUUACUGGUUCUCGGUGCUUUACUCCUCUGUGCUGCUGUUGGUCUGCUUGAUCAUUUGUCUGGUCGGAGCUCACAUCUACGCCAAAGCCUCCUUCCUCAUCCUACUGGUGGUGACCCUGGCCGUGUUGUCGAUCCUCCUCAGCCCGCUAUUUGUCGGGCCACUCAACUUUAGCUUCACGCACAAACUCGGCCUGAACAAAACGGUCACAUACAACGCCAGCUACACGGGCUUCAACAGCAGCACACUACACAACAACUUGUGGUCGGGCUAUUCAUUAGACUUCAGUACAAACAGGAUAAUGUCAUUUUCCACUGUCUUUGCGGUGAUGUUCACCAGCUGCACUGGAAUCAUGGCAGGAGCUAAUAUGUCAGGUGAGCUGAAAAACCCGAGCGUAGCCAUUCCGAAAGGCACCAUCAUGGCUGUGCUGUACACCUUCACCGUCUACUUACUUCUCUUCUUCCUCGUCAGCUCCACCUGUGACAGGGUGUUGCUGACUAAUGACUUUGCUGUAUUCCAGCAAAUAAAUAUAUGGUCUCCGUUUGUAAUCAUCGGCGUGUACUGUGCCUCGUUAUCUGCAGCCAUGUGCUCACUAAUUGGAGCUUCACGCAUCCUACAUGCACUUGCAAUUGACCAGCUCUUUGGCCUGCCCCUGGCCCCUGCUGCCAUCACCUCGCGCUCAGGAAACCCCUGGGUCUCUGUACUCUACACUUGGGCACUGGUGCAGUGCACAGUGUUUGCAGGUCAGCUGAAUGUGAUAGCAGGUUUGGUGACUGUCUUCUAUCUGCUAUCCUAUGCUGCAGUAGAUCUGGCCUGUCUGGCGCUGGAGUGGGCAUCUGCUCCCAAUUUCAGGCCUACGUUUCAGUACUUCUCAUGGCAUACAUGCCUGCUGGGCAUGCUGAGCUGUCUGGUGAUGAUGUUUGUGAUAAAUCCAGUAUACUCGUCAGCCAGCAUUGUGGUGUUACUGCUGCUUCUGCUCUUCCUGCACUAUCGAUCGCCCACAAGCAGCUGGGGUUACAUCAGUCAGGCGCUCAUCUUCCAUCAGGUGCGGAAGUAUUUGCUGAUGCUGGACUCAAGGAAGGACCACGUGAAGUUCUGGAGGCCACAGGUGCUGCUGAUGGUGGCCAAUCCUCGUUCUUCUUGCCAGCUCAUCUGCUUUGUCAACCAGUUAAAAAAAGGAGGUCUGUUUGUACUGGGCCACGUGCAGAUCGGAGACCUGGAUGUCGUUCCAACUGACCCUGUCCAGCAGCAGUAUAAUUUCUGGUUGAGUCUGGUGGAUAAGCUGGGUGUUAAAGCUUUUGUAGACCUGACCCUCUCUCCUUCAGUCAGGCAGGGCACUCAGCACCUACUACGCAUCACUGGACUGGGAGGAAUGAAGCCAAACACGCUAGUUCUGGGCUUCUAUGACAACUCUUACCCAGAGGACUAUUUCCUUCAGGAUCCCACAUUCUGUAGGGGCGCAGUGGAUGGUGCUGGUUUUAUUGGAGAUGAGGGGGACAAUUUUGGUGUGGACCUCCCGUCCCUACAGGCCCACUUCCCUCCUGUGCGUCAUGCAGACAGCCCCCGCUGUCUUCAGCCAGAUGAGUAUGUAGGUAUCAUCUCUGAUGCUAUCAAAAUGGGCAAGAACGUGUGCCUGGGCCGCUACUUCUUCCAGCUGCCGCCUGAAAUCAAAGGAAAAGGCACAACGUCUAUGAAAAUCGGAGAUUCUGCUUCUGAGACAAUUGACGUGUGGCCGUCUAACCUGCUAAGUGCUGGUGGAAACCAAAGCUAUGCUGAUGUAUGCAGCCUCUUCCUGCUACAGAUGGCAUGUGUUUUAAACAUGGCUGCCGGUUGGCGCCGUGCGCGUCUGCGCAUCUUCCUCGGCGUGGAGUCGGAGUCUGGAGACCAGGGCUGGCUGGCCAAAGAGGAGCGCUUCAGGGAGCUGCUGGGGAAGCUGAGGAUCCGCGCCACUAUUAAAAUCGUGUCGUGGGAUCCUGUGGUGCGGCUGCUGAGAGGAAACGACACAAUCGUGCCCCCUGCGGUGACUGACGAAUUCCUGUGCGCAGUCAACAGUCUUCUGAAAGAACACAGCAGUUCUGCUGCAGUGCGCUUUCUCUAUUUGCCCCGCCCACCUGCUGAGUUAAACCAAUCACAGCAGUACUUGGCUCAGUUGGAUACCCUCACUCAAGGACUUGGUCCCACUCUACUGAUUCAUGGUGUGACCCCUGUUACAUGUACUGAGCUUUAAGUGAACGAAACUAUUGAAUUAGAUGCAGUUACAUAUAAAGGGAAUUUACAUUAAACCAAAUAUUAGGCCAAAUCUCCUGAGAUAAGACAUGUUUGGUGUGUAGUGUGCUUCUUUUAGUUUUGCUUGGAGCUAAUGGACAUCUGUUGUAGUUCGUGUUUCUUCAACUAUGGGGACCAUCAUAUAUAUAUAUAUAUACAAAGUUCAUUUCAAAGUGGGGGUGGAGCCUAGAGGCUAGAGUGAUUAGGUACACUGGUGUCAUAGCUUCACACCAAACAUGUCACAGAUCAGUUAAAACUCUUUGGGGGAAAUGUGUGCACUUGCAAAACCAUCCCUUUAACAUACUUGGACACGCAUGCUUCCUUAACACUGCAGGUGUGUCUUAUUUGGGCAAUCUUCUUUGUUCUCUGUCAACAUAUGUAUUUGUUCCAUUCUUGAUUUACGUAAGACAUUUAUUUAAAGGGAUAAACUGAACCCGAAAAAAAAAAGCGUAAUAGUUUUAUGUUUGUCAAUCACUGUAAAAGGGGAGCAAACACUUAACAACUUUUAUUCAAGCACUUUCCUCCCGAUUCAGAAGGAUAUCGGAAUCUUUAGGGAUAUAAUUGUUAAGCUGAAGGAGUGUCUGUAUGUGUUUCUGACAUGAACUUUCUAUAGUGAUGUCUGUACAAAUGACACACCCAGCUUGCUUAGUUGGAAGUCUUUUAUUCCACCUGCGCUUUACGUCUACAGCUUAAUUGUCAUUAUGUAACUACCUGUUUUCUUUUUCCCCAGACUGGUACAGGUUUGUGUUUUGUGCUCUAACACACACUCCCAUCCUCAAAGGCAGACUGAUGGAUAGCUGGAUGCUCAGUGUUUAUCAGGCCAGUCCCAUCAAUUCCUAUUCCAAAUUUUUUGUUUGUUUAACAUCUCUUAAAGGAAUACUCCAGAGUUUCCAGCCUAAAUGUUAUCAACUGCCUCUGGUACAUGCAUACUGUCACACUGACAAAAAAGGGGAAAACCUGUUUAAAAGAAAUAUAAAGGAUGCACAGUAUGCUUGUUUGCAAUGAAAAGUAAAUAUUAUUUAAUCAUAAAUGUCACAGGAUGAGACGGACAUGAACGACUUCAUUACAAAGGUCAACACACAGCUCUUGACUACUGUGCGCUUGUUGCUAGACAAUAACCCAGAAUGCUGCCCACAGUUAAAGUAGUUUCACAUUAACUUUAAAAAGAUAGGAUAUAAAGGAGGAACUGUUUACAUCUGCUAUAACGUGAGCAAUAUAUGACCUCUGUCAGCAUUUAAAUGUAAAUAAACAGAUAAAAUAUAUGAUGAUGAUCUUCAAUCAAUAAAAGACGCAAUCAUUGGCUAAUCACUGUGGUUCCAGAGGAAUAUAUUUCCUGUUCUUGGAAAAUAAUGAACAUUUGGAGUGGCGAUUUGUAAAUGUUAUCAUGCCCUGUGUGGUUUACGUCUUGCAAUGGUUAUUUAUAAAGCAGUGCAGGUUUUCUAUGUGUUUAAAACUACAGGGGAACGUGUUACAGUUCUUGUUUGUAAUAAUCACACAAACACUACAGAUCUGUUAGAUGCCAAUUUGGAAAAAUGCAGGAGUUUGACGAGAAUUAAAAACAAUAAAUAAAAAAUCUCUGGACUAUUCCUUUAAAGGCCUGAACUGGGACCAAUUAGGAGUCUAAUCACAGUGGUAUUUGAAAUUGUGGUAUUUAUGUAUUUGAAUAGUUUGUUUAUUGAAUAGUUUGUUCUGGCAAUAUAUUGAUGCAUAGCACCUUAAGAUCUAUUUGAUGAAUGUUGCCUUAAACGUGGUUGGUGUUUAUGUACAUUAGCAGCAGCUGCUAUUGUUUGCUUGAGUUUAUCUAGUGCGUCAAAAAAUAUAGAAGCAAAUGCUUAUGUGAAUAUAGUGAUGCAUCAAAAGGUGUGAUGCACUGCCGCUGCACACUCAGCUUUAUUUUAACUGCACCUACAGGCACCAAGGUUAGUUUGUGUUAGUGAAAUCCCUUAUGUCCUCAUGUUGAGUUCCACAAAUGAUGAGAGAUGGUUUGGAGUCUCUGUAUAACCCUUUGGAGCAUUUUUGAAAAUGAUGUGUAGGUUUGCAUCUCUGUAAACAUUCCUUGGGAAUCUGGUGUAACUAAUGGUGUUAUUAAUGUUCUGACUGUUACAUCAGUCAGUGGGAGGUUACUGUAAAUGUUUGAGAAAUGUUACGGGUGUGACUAUUAUCUUCUCCACAUGGUGGGAUUAGUCUGAGUGUACAAGCCACUGUGAUUGUGUGCUUUAAUUUAAUGUAUAUUUAUAUA